AUGCCGAAUUCCGAUAUCUUCAAAAGUACGGACGUCUCCUCCCCCCAUCUUCUGACUUGGCUGACUUCACAGUUCUCUCUCCAAGGCCGAACUGCCCUGCCUUUUGCUCGCGGCCUUGCAGAGGCCGGAGCGAAUGUAGCAGUUUUUGAUGUGAUACCUCCCGGAGAAGAGUUUCACGCGAUCGCGAAUGAAUUAGGUGCUCGGACAGCUUAUUACAAAGUGGAUGUCUCAUCAGUGGAAUCUCUUCAAAAUGGCUUCGAACAGUUCCAGAAUGAUUUCGACAAUGCUCUCGAUAUCUGCGUUCCUUGCGCCGGUAUUAAUCGCCACCUCCCCUUUCUCGAAUUCACGUACAAAGAUCACCACGACCUCCUCGCAAUCAAUGUACUCGGACUAUACUUCACAGCGCAACUCGCCGCGAAGCAAAUGAUUAAGAAUGGUACAAAACACGGAAGCAUUGUUCUGGUAGCAAGCAUGGCGAGCCAUGUUGCAGUGCGCAGCCAACUCUGCAGCGCAUACUGCGGCUCCAAAGGCGCCGUCAGGUCAAUGUGUCCUGCGAUAGCCAAGGAGUUGGCAGAAUACGGAAUCCGUGUCAAUUCAAUUUCACCCGGCUAUGUUCAAACAGAAAUGACCGCAGCAUUCCCGCAUCUCCUCGAAAGCUGGAAAUUAGAAGCCAUGAACGGCCGCGUAGCCGAGCCCGAGGACAUAAUGGGGGCCUGCGUUUUUCUGGCUAGCGACGCGAGCGCAUACAUGACCGGACAAGAUGUGAUCGUGGAUGGGGGGUCACCCGCUGGAUACAUCGCCGUCCCCGUGGAUGCGUCUACUACCGUUGUUGUAGUCGGCGCAGGUCCUUCGGGGUUGAUGCUUGCAUGCAAUCUAGUUCGCUACGGAAUGGACGUUGUCAUUCUCGACGAUUGCCCUGAGAAGACUUCGACCGGAAAGGCAGAUGGCAUGCAACCAAAGACCAUCGAGACAUUCAAGCAGAUGAGGCUUGCAGAGCCUCUUCUCAAGAAUUCUGCGCGUGUAUACGACAUCUCAUUCUGGCAAUCAACCGCAGACAAGGAACUCCACCGAACCGGUCGACUAACCCACUACCCGGACCGCCUCGUCGGCGCAUCAGACCCAUUUAUACUGCUGGCACAUCAAGGAAUGGUGGAAGAAGUCUUGAUCGACGACAUGGAGUCUCGAGGCGUCUUUGUGGCCCGGAACAGUCGCUUCGCAUCUUGCUCGCGGGUUGCGGGGACGGCGCAAUUGGACGUGACGUAUGAAGAUGUGUUAACCAACACAACCAAAACAAUUCGCACCAGCUUUCUGGUCGGAUGUGAUGGCGCAAGGUCCAAAGUGAGGAAUUUCAUUCCCGAUGCCGAGCUUGAGGGCGAUAUCACCAACGCAUCGUGGGGAGUUCUAGACGGCGUUAUCGACACAGACUUCCCAGACCUCUGGAGCAAAGCCGCAGUUCGCUCCCACGCAGCCGGAUCGAUCCUCUGGAUUCCCCGCGAGCGCAACAUGACCCGGCUAUAUGUCGAACUGAGCGCGACCGACGGCGAGCGCGUAGAUCGCGCAAAAGCUACACCCGAAUAUGUCAUUGACAGAGCAAGGAAAGCCAUGCAGCCGUUUCGACUCGAGUGGAAGAGCAGGGAGUGGUUUGGCAACUACGUUGUCGGACAACGUGUCGCGAGACACUUCAUGGAUGCAGAUGCGAGGAUUUUCAUUGCUGGUGAUGCUGGCCAUUGUCACUCAGCCCUUGCAGCACAGGGAGCGAAUACAAGUAUGCACGACAGCUUCAACCUCGCAUGGAAACUCAACCUCGUCGCCCGGGGGCUGGCGAAGCAAUCCCUACUCUCAACCUACGAGGAAGAGCGUCGGAAGAUCGCCAAUGACCUCAUCAGUUUUGACACGGAGCAUUGCAAGGCCUUUGCGCAGGGUGAGGCUGCUCUUUCUAAGAACUUCGAUGAUAAUAUUCGCUUCAUCUCUGGCGUUGGGGCGGAGUAUGCCCCCGGCAUGUUGAGCCGGAACAAGGGGGCUUCAGCAUCGUCAAGUCUAUGUCCCGGGUCACUGCAGUUGCCCGCUAAGGUGACUCGGUAUAUUGACGCGAACCCGGUCGAUAUCCAACUCGAUAUCCCACUACUAAGCCAAUUUCGCAUAUACCUCUUCGUACCGGAUGUUCCUGCCUCACUGUCUUUCCUGAAUACGUUCAAUGAUAGAAUAGCCAGCUCUGUUUUCUUGUCCAAGGCUGUCGGUCUAGCAGAGCAGUCCUAUGCCAAGCGGCCGCGGGGAUACGCCCCUUCAGACGAAUUCAUCCAGCCACAAAGAUACACGAAAGUAUCCAGUGCAUUUACUUUCGCAAUGGUCACGCAGUCUGCCAAAUCCAAGUUUGAAAUUACGGAUUUGCCGAAGAUUCUACAGGAUAGUCGGUGGACGCUUUAUCUAGACGAUGUGAAUACCCCGUCCUGCACGGAUGUGUGGUUUGGAAACCUGAAGCGGGAGCAGGUUGGGAUCGCUAUUGUUCGGCCGGAUGGGUAUGUUGGAGGGGUUGAAGCUUGGGAUUUGGGUGAAGGGGAGAAGUCUGUUGCUGGACUAGAAGAUUAUUUCUCGUUUAUGCUGUAA